AAGUCCCACGUGAGCGGCGGCGCGGCGGGCCUGUCAUGGCGUCUCCCAGCGGCUGCUCGGCGCAGCCGGGCUGGCGGGGGCCCGGGGCCGCGGCCGCGGCGGGGGCGCUGGGCGAGGAGGACGCGGAGGGUUUGUACGUGGCGGUGGAGCGGUGCCCGCUGUGCAACACCACCCGCCGCCGCCUCACCUGCGCCAAGUGCGUCCGCGGCGGGGACUUCGUCUUCUUCGACGGGCGCGACUCCGAGAGGUUUUUAGACAAGAAAGAGAGGUUAAAGCAUUUCAAAAACAAACAGAGUGAAUUCCAAAACCAUGUUUUAAAGGCUAUGGAAGGGAAAAGGAUAACUGAUCAGCUGAGAUGGAAAAUAAUGUCUUGCAAGAUGAGGAUUGAGCAGCUGAAACAAACCAUUUGCAAAGAGAAUGAUGAAAUGACAAGAAGCUCAGAGGGGCUUUUCAGAAUUAAAGAUGAGAACCAGAAGCUUUACCGCAGGGCUCAGAGGCAUCAGGAGAAGAAAGAGAAGAUCCAGAGACAUAACCGCAAGCUCGGAGACCUGGUGGAGAAAAAAAAUUAUGAUUUGAGAAGCCAACACGAACACUUGGCAAAUCUUCGACGGUCACACAUACUGGAGCUAACGUCUGUCAUUUUUCCCAUUGAGGAAGUGAAGACUGGCAUGAGAGACCCUGCAGAUGUUUCUUCUGAGAGUGACAAUGCCAUGACCUCUAGCACUGUGAGCAAGCUUGCAGAAGCCAGGAGAACUACGUAUCUCUCUGGGAGAUGGGUGUGUGAUGACCACAAUGGGGACACCAGCAUCAGCAUUGCAGGGCCUUGGAUAAGUCUUCCUAAUAAUGGAGACUAUUCAGUUUAUUACAACUGGGUGGAAGAGAAAAAAACUACACAAGGACCGGAUAUGGAGCAUAAUAAUCCUGCCUAUACCAUCAGUGCUGCAUUGUGCUAUGCAACUCAACUCGUUAACAUUUUGUCUCAUAUACUUGAUGUAAAUCUUCCCAAGAAGUUGUGUAACAGCGAGUUCUGUAGCGAGAACCUCAGCAGGUGGAAGUUUACUCGGGCAGUGAAGAAGCUGAAUGCCAAUAUCCUUUAUCUUUGUUUUUCUCAGCAUGUAAAUUUAGAUUUAUUGCAUCCACUACAUACACUCAGGAACCUUAUGUACCUGGUCAGUCCAGACACUGAAAACUUGGGCAGGUCUGGGCCAUUUGAAAUAAGUGCUGAUCUUGAAGACUCCAUGGAGUUGGUGGAUCCCGGUGCUGCUGGUGAAACGGAUGAGAGUGGAGAUGAGCACGUCAGCGACGAAGAGACUGACCUAGGGACGGACUGGGAGAAUCUGCCAAGCCCUAGAUUCUGCGAUAUCCCCUCUCAGCCGGUAGAGAUGUUGCAGAGUCGGAGCACACAGGCCUCCCCGCCUAUCGCCAGCAGCAGCGCGGGUGGAAUGAUUUCUUCUGCUGCAGCCUCCGUGACGUCCUGGUUCAAGGCAUACACUGGACACCGUUAACGAGCACACGGGAAGGAUCAUAGGCCUUGCGGAAGGAAUCCCUCCCCCGCCAAUGCUGUAAUAACCCUUACAUGUUGAGUUAAGUAGUGCCUGGAAUGCAAGAGGUCAGACUUUAAUUUUGUAAACCAGAAGAACCUUUUUAUUUACUCAAGAUGACUGUGACGGUGACGUUUUGUAAAUUAGCUAGACCUACGCUUCUGACUUAUUCCAUAAGAGCACUUGCUGUCUCUGAAUUCUGUCUGCAUUGUUGAAUGGUGAAGAAAAAGGGCCCUGCAGCAGUGUCCAGAUUUUUACUUCCUGAAGGAGGAGGAGGUUUGGAAUACUCAGAUCAGGGACAAGGAUGGGGAGAAAGCUGCUAAAAAUUCAGACUGGACAGUGAUGCAAACACACAUGAGUCACAUUUGGUUAAACUCCCUACAGAGUUUUGUUUGUGUGUGUUUAGAUCUGGGUCACAUACUGCAUAGAAAACUUACAGCACAACUGUACAUCUUGAAAUCAUUUUUUUGUUCAUCUGGGAUAUGAACAUUUUUAAUGUGGUUUUUCAUCUUUGUUGCCAUAUUUUUAAGAGAAAGCAGCAUGGAUUGUGACUUACGACGUUGAUUGCUUUUUAAAAAUUGGGUUCUGGGUAUGCUCUUGGGGUAGAAAACUGGUUCAUUUCACGCUGUUUUCAUUAGCAGGUUGUCUAAAAGUUUCAGGUUGUGCUGUUCAAAGCACCCAGGGUUUUUACUAUUAAUACCACACACACCAAAGAAACACUGGACAUUCUCUUAACUGGACCCACAUUCGCCAAUACAGAAGGAUGACAUUGCUGCAAUAAUAUCCAUCAAUUACAACAGCUCCAUGGUUGCAGUUUUCACUUCAAGCUAGUUUAAUGAAGCUGUGUGGUCUCCAUGCAUUUGAAAAGCUAUUUUAUUUUGUGUUUAUAGUGGGGGGGGGGGGUUCUUGCUCACUAACUACUGAGAAGUCCAUUUCACUGCAGAAAUGCUUAUGGUGCAGUCAGCCUGCCUGAAAAACCACAGGAAGAUGUGUGGGCAGACACUUUCAUUAGCAAGCGCCCCUCUGCAGCCUCCUGCCUUGCAGAUACGUAUUAAUUUGCGUACAAAUGUUUUUCUCAGUGAGCUUCAGAAACAUGAUUUACAUUUUAUCCAGCUGAGAUGAUUUUACUUCUUCAUGGAGUAAAUGGCAUAAACACAUGUUCCCCUCCCACUCCCCUCAAAUGGAAGAUCUCAGCCAUUCUAUCUUAUUGUUCUCUUAUGGUGACACGUCUGUUCCUGUACAAACAGCUGGUGGUAGAUUGCAGUGAGCUUAUGUGGGAUUACUUUGUCAUCUCUGGGUGCGUGUGCACUUGUCAGAUAUUGGCUCUGGGGCUUGCUCACCUCACUCUUCCUUUCCCUCUGUAGUGAUUUUUCUUCUAACUAGAAGAAUGAGAUGUAUGACUUCCUGAAUGCUGGCUCAUGUAACUCCAGCAAGGAGUGCUGGAAGAAGGGCAACUUGUAAUACUUCUCUGCCCCCGAGUCCAGGCAGAUUUACACACAGUGAUGGGCUCUUUUACUGAAGCGUACCAAUCACAAGCUCUUCUCUCUCCCUUUUCCCUCUUUUGUAUGGCAGCUCUUUCCAUGUAGCCUCAGGGGUGAGGAUGUGACAAAGAAGCCUUCGGGGAUAUGGGAUUCCUUUAAUUUUUUCUUAUUUUGUGACUUUGGGGAAUUUUUUUUUUUUUUAAACCAAAGACCCUUAAAUCUGUAAUGUUGGAACGUAAACUUUUAGAUGGGAUUUCCCUGAAUCCAUACAACUGCUUUAGUUGAAACCCAAGACUGGGGUUCAUUCUGGGAAAGGGAACAGUUGAAUUAAUAGGAGAAUAGUCAAGAAUCCUGCUCUAAUAUAGUCUGAAUUAAGACUGCCAGGUCGCUAGAGACUGCUGCUGAGGAUAAGACUAGAACUCUGUCCAAGGACGGGGGAAGCUAGGAUUCUGUUACUGUGUUAAGUAAAAGCACUUUACUAGUUGCAGCCGAUCAGAUCCCUUGGAGUGUGUGAGCAACCAGCACAUGCUCACAAGUACUGUAUUUUGGGCUCUUCGUGUCACCUCUGAUACUAUUCGGUUCUCCAUUUAUUUUGCACUGGACCACACCAUGUAAAUAUCCUUUUACGUACACAUUUCUACCACUGUUUUAUGUGCUACUUAUUAGUUCUUGCAUUUACAUGAAAAAAGUUUUAUUUCAGUUUUAUACACUAAACUUAAUUAGGUACUUCACAAAAAAUCUUUAAGCCAUAGACCGUCAUAAACAUCAUGUUUUCCAUAUUUUAAAAUAAUUUCUUUGCACACAUGUCAUUUCACUCAAAGUGUGCAGAGGCACCAAAAGAUUGUUACAAUGAGAUGGGACAUAUCUUUUCAAUAAAUGCUUUUGUAACAGGAUACAGAAUUUUUUUCUUAAAAAAAAAAAAAAGGAAAAAAAAUGGUUUGCAGUGAUGGGGGCGGGAUGGUUUGUGUCCAAACCUUGAGUGCACUUGACUGGAUUAGUUAAUAGAUUGUUUGUUUUUCCCAGGGGUUGGGAGGGGGAAACCGCCCUUCAAUUAUGCAUAUUCUAUUUGAAGGCAGCCAAUAGAGAAUUUAUUAAAUGAUUUACGGUACCAUGAAUGCAGGAAUUUCCAUUUAGGCCAUGAUUUUUGAAAGCAACUAGUGAUCUUAAGUGCCUAACCCAAGAUUUUCAGGGACAGGGCUGAGAACCAUCAGCUGAAAAACAGGCCCCUUUCAGGUGUCUCAAACUGGGCACCUAAAAAUCACUAGUCAUUUUUGAAAAGCUGUGCCUUCCUCUGCAACUUCCAAACUGCUGUAACUAAACACAAAUGUUUUAUCUAAAUUUUAUUGUAUUACUGCAAUAAAUCUUUAACGGUAA